AUGUGAUAUAGCCUCGCGUGUGCACGGUCCAGCCACUUCCUGGUGAAGGAGGCAGCAGCUCGGAGGCUUCGCGCGGAGUCCCGGGGGGCGUCUGACGGGGAGCAGGACUGCGGGAUUUGAAGCACUUUGAGCGGCCGGGGAGUCAUGGGGAGCACCGUGACCGAGGCGAGCAAGGAGCGCUGCAGGAAGCCCGGGAGGAGGAGGAGAAGUCUGCGGAUCAACCUGCCCGACUUUGGUUCCUUCGCCGCCCCCCAGGUGUCGGAGACGAGCGGCUCGGCCAGAGGCGCCUCCGAGACGGGGGAACGUCUCGUCCGCCCGGCCAGCCCGGGCAAAGCGGCGACCACGAGGAGCCCGGCCGGCGCGCCGCCGCACCCCCAGUCCGCCCCGGUGCAGAUCAAGCCCAGCUCGGGGUCGCCCAGGUCCAUCUUCCCCUACCCGUCCCUCCAGAGCGCGUCGCCCAAGUCGCCCCGCCGCCUCAGCCUGGGCGGCAUCUUCCGCUCGUCGUCCGGCUCCUCGCCUGGAAGCAUCAAGCUCUUCUCCAGAAGCAGGAGAGCCUCCGGUCUGUCCACGCAGCCCAGCACGCCCACGCAGGCGUCCAGCCAGCCCGUGUUUACCCAGGAGGUCCCGGCCGGCGGGCCCAGCCCCGAGCGCCCGGAGCCCAGCGCCCGCGCUCGCUCGCUCUCCACGCCCCUGGACACGGGGCAGCGCCUCAGCCUCCCCUCCGCCAAGCCCCCGAUCCCCUCGGCGAGCCCCGUGCCGACUUACUCUACCUCACACCAAGUGUACGGAUUAUUCGAAGGCAUGCUGGAGAAACUUGAACUAGAUGAUGAUGCUGCUGAACCGGAGAGCGACAUCUACAUGCGCUUUAUGAAAUCUCACAAGUGCUACGACAUCGUCCCCACCAGCUCCAAGCUGGUGGUGUUCGACACAGCGCUCCAGGUUAAGAAAGCUUUCUUUGCUUUGGUCGCCAACGGCGUACGAGCCGCUCCGCUAUGGGACACAGAAAAGCAGAGCUUUGUGGGGAUGCUGACAAUCACAGACUUCAUCAUCAUCCUGCACAGAUACUACAAAUCUCCUCUGGUACAAAUUUACGAGUUGGAGGAACACAAACUUGAGACGUGGCGAGAAGUUUACCUGCAAGCGACCUUCAAGCCUCUGGUCAGCAUAUCGCCGGACGCCAGCCUCUUCGACGCCGUCUACACCCUCAUCAAGAACAAAAUUCACCGCCUGCCUGUCAUCGACCCCGUCACCGGGAACGCACUUUACAUCCUCACACACAAGAGGAUCCUCAAGUUCCUCCAGCUGUUUAUGUGUGAGAUGCCGAAGCCGGCCUUCAUGAAGCAGACCCUGGGCGAGCUGGGCAUCGGUACGUACCACGACAUCGCCUUCAUCCACCCGGACACGCCCAUCAUCAAAGCCCUCAACAUCUUCGUGGAGCGGCGAGUGUCGGCGCUGCCCGUGGUGGACGGCUCCGGGAAAGUCGUGGACAUUUACUCCAAGUUUGACGUCAUUAAUCUGGCCGCUGAGAAGACGUACAACAACCUGGACAUCACGGUGACGCAGGCUCUCAAACAUCGCUCCCAGUACUUCGAGGGCGUCAUGAAGUGCCACAAGAUGGAGACGAUGGAGACGAUCGUGGACAGAAUCGUGAAAGCAGAAGUGCAUCGCCUGGUGGUGGUGGACGAGUGCUCCAGCAUCGAGGGCAUCGUGUCCCUGUCAGACAUCCUCCAGGCGCUGGUGCUCAGCCCUGCAGACGCCUGUAAAGAGGACCUGACUGACUGAAACGGCGGCUGAAGCGCUUGGAGCUGGUUUGAGGAGCGAGAGGAGCCGGUCUGAACGAUGCACUAUAGAAAGGCUUCCAACCCAAAGAGCUCGACGGCUCAGUUCCGCACUGAGGAUUCAUUUCUCUGAAUUAAUUUCAUAUAAUUGUUUGAACACUGAUCGGAUGCACCAAGAAUACAGGUACGGUAUAUAGACUAUAUAAACGCAUAUAACAUUCACCUGCAGGGGAAAGGUGAAACAUGUCUUUGGAUUUUUUUUGGGGGUCGUUUUGUUGCGAACAUGCUGAAUUCAUUGAAUGAUUUUUGUUUUUGAUAUAAAGUGGCUAAACCAUCCACAUAUUUGUUCAGCGACGCUUUAAAAGAAAAUCGUUAAACUUUGAACGACAGCUAAUUUACUCAUGCAAACAUUCAGUCAUUCAUGCAACUGUAUGAAAAAUCCUCUAUGCAAAUGUUUUUAAGCUUUUUUUUUUUAGAUUGAUUUCAUCCCAGUGACUUUUUCUUUUUUAAAUCAGAAAGCUCAUUUUAUUUCAUCUGACGUGAUGACAGUCAUUCUUCAUGACGGAUUUUGUUCAAAAGUGAAAAAAGGUCAUGUGAGUUUAUAAAGGUAGUUCUGUUUGUUUAAUUUUUUUUACUACCUAUAAUUUUGCUCUCAGACGUUCAACACACAGUAGAAACACUAACAUGAAGAUCUUCAACACCAGUCGCCCCCCAAGUGAAUUGCAAAUCCAACACCAGCAAAUAGAUUUUCAAGUAUUUCUAAAGUUUGACAUUUCAUUAUUCCAAAUUUUACAAAUACUGCAUAAAUACAAACACAUGAUUUAGUUGUCAACAGUAAAUUAGCUCUCAACUUUAAUCUGGACCAUCAGUUUUUGUCCUCUGCCAACUCGUCCUUACAGGAUUGAAGUUUUUUUGAAGCCCUCAGUGGCCGACCUGUUCCUGUGCCUUUUGUUCCCCUCCGUCUCACAUUGUGUCCUUACUUUGUCAAUUGGUUUUUGAGUGCACUUUCAAGAGACAUCUGGAAGGCCUCGGGGCGAUUUGAGCCUUCUACUCUGAUUCGGGAGCAUUUUGAUUUUUGAUUUUUGUGACCGAUAUCCAAAACCGUGUCACAAAAGUCAAGAUUAUCUUUUAAAUCCUUCUAUAAUCCACAGAUUAUUUGUCCGAAUGGGAGAUGAAGCGGUGCACGCUGUCAGAACGAAGCUAUCUUUAUCCUGCUGAUUUGCGGUCACGUUGACUUUAGGAUGCAAUAUACCGAUUAGAAAAAUGCCUUUUUGAUUAUUUCAGAUGCUUUCUUUGUUCUCAUGUUAGCACUUCUGAUACAGACCUGCAAAACAACGUGCUUUAUUUCAGCUGUAGCUGGACAGGACUCAUCUCCAUCUUCGACUGUAAAUAGGAUGAUCUCUGGGGGGGAAACGGUGUCACAGAAAGCUUUAUUUUUUAUGGACGUGUUUAAAGAGACUGCGAUUUUGCUUUUUUCCUUGUUGUUUUUUGUUUUUUUUUUUUGUAAAUAUCUUGUUGCAAAUAUGUGGAGUUCAGAGAAACUUUGUAUCGGAUCAACAUGUACUGUAAAAAGCAUGAGAUAAAAACUACACUUCAGCAGUAUGAAUGUUCUUUGUUUUACUUUUUUCUAUUUUUCUGGCUGCAGAAAAAUAAACGGACACUGAAUGUACUUGAAA